AUGCUGGCUCAGCGCAUCCAGGGCUUCGGCAAUGUGAACCCGCCGCCCCUGGAGGAGGAGAACGCCAGCAACGUCGCCAAGCGCGCCGUGCGGAAUUUGGGCGACAUGGUGGGCGAGGAAGUGGCGCUCACGGUACAGGACUUCAAGGAGAAGGGCGCCGUGGGCGCCGUGAAGGAUGCAGUGGCAGAUGCUGGUGACAUUCUGAUUGACGGCGUAUCCGGCAUCGUGGGCUGGUUUCGGGGGGAGCCCUUGGAAGAGGAAGAGACAGAUGCCUCCAAGGAUGCGCAGAAGGUGUUGGCCAACGGCCCCAGGGGCGCAGCCUACGGGGUGUCGCAAGCCUCACCCUCCGGGGGCAUCAACGCGGUGUGGGUGAUGCCGGAGGAGCGGCACGUCAAGCCAUGCGCGGCCAGCACUAAGCCCUAG